AUGGGCGGUGAGGCAGCUAGCCCGCGCUUUUCGAUGGCCCAUGCAACGAAGCUUGUGCCGUUUCGGGUCAACUUUAUCUACAUGAUCAGCGUCGUCUUCAUCACGAUUCUUGUCCCCUCAAGCGAUGAGAGGUUACUCGGCGGAAGCAGCGUUGCAGCGUCGCCGUUCGUUGUUGCCAUUGAAGAUGCCGGUAUCAAAGGCAUCUCGUCUUUGCUCAAUGCUGGAAUGAUGUGUGGUGUUUUGGCCAUUGCUGCAGAAGCAGUCUACCUUUCUUCAAGAAUAUUGAGGACGAUGGCUCAUCAGAAGCUUCUCCCCGAGCGGCUUGCCCAGGUUGAUAAUAAGGGAAGACCAAGAUGGGCACUGCUCAUUACGUGCAUCGCUGCGCUCAUCAUGUCAUACAUCCAGCUUGCAUCCGGUGGCUUGACCGUCUUGAACUGGCUGAUUUCCAUCACGAGUGCUUCAUUCUUCACUAAUUGGAUCAUCAUCUCGUUCACAAACUGGCAUUUCCACGCUGCACUCAAGGCACAGAACGACCCGCUCUUCUCCCAAGUUUAUGCAUGGAAGUCCACAGCCUGGCCUCUGGCACCGGCUUGGCUCAUGCUCAUAUCGCUGCUGCUUUUGGCAUGCUGCCUGGUUUGCGGUAUCGACCCUAUUGGAAGCGACUCGUUCAGCGCGGAGAACUUCUUCCAAUACAUGAUCGGAUUUCUCGUCAUCGUCGUGUUCACCAUAGGAUACAAGGUUAUCUACCGCACUCCGUGGAGAGACCCGAACACAGCUGACUGUGUCACCGGUCGGCGCAACUUGAGUGUUGAAGAGAUAAACCAGCUGGAUGACUACUACAAGAUGUCUAGAUGGAGAAGGUUCCUUACGUAUGUACAGUUGUGGUAA